AUGAAAGUACUAACGGGUGGUACCCUGGGCAAAGCGCCAGAUGCACUGUAUUUUCUGCGAGGACACGAGGCUGGUGUGCAAGCACUAGCAUUCUCUGCCUACAACAGCACUACGACGCUCGCAUCUGGAGAUGCAAAUGGGGAGAUUCGGAUAUGGGAUCUGGACCGACGACGAGCAUCACAUACGUUCGAUGCGCAUGCUGGAAAGGGUGUGCUAUCUAUCACUGGGUACGAGGCGAACGACUAUCGCCUGGUCAGUCAGGGCAGAGACGAGUCAGUAAAGAUUUGGGAUCUACAUGGUGCGCAGCACGCAGUCGUCGGUUGGAUCACCACCGGAGCCAUAGACUUCUGUCGCGCAGAUUAUCUGCCAAGCCACAAGUGGGUCGCAACUACCUGUGCCAUGCCGGGAGAUCUGAAAAUAUGGGAUACUAGUACAAAGCGUGAGAUGUGCACACUUCAAGCCCCGACUUCCGAUGCAAGUGGCCAGGAACGUGUGAUUGAAUUGGGCGGCAGCGGGUUGCCGACGGACAGUCCUCCGAGAAAACACACGGAUGCGAGUGACAGUCUGGGUAUGGGAUCGGGAUCUACGGGUGGGGGUAGGGGCAUGUGUAUGUCCGUAAGGUUGUUCCUGCACCCACUAACUCAACGACCAAUGGCCCUUGCAGGAUAUGAAGAUGGCUCAGUCCAUCUCCACGACAUCGGUGAGAGAAAGGCCGUGUGCUACACAAAACCUCACUCAGAACCGGUCAUGACCUUGGAUAUCGCCACAGAUGCGACUGGAUUUACUACGGGAUCCGUCGACAACAUCGCUUAUCAGGUAAGCCUUAAAUUAAAAGGCGAUGGGAAGGCAUCAAUGAAGGGCAAACUGACCUAUGAAAUGCCAACCCCUGGAAUCAACGAUAUCCUAAUCAGACAGGAUAAGAAAAUCGUUGUGACGGGAGGAUGGGACGGGAAUGUGAGGAUUUUUUCUUAUCGCAAGGGCACUCCUCUGUGUGUCCUGUCAAGGCAUCGAGAUAGUGUACAGACGCUGGCGUCAUACAAUUGUGUAGGAUCGGGUUGGUUGCUCGCUGCGGGAUCGAAAGACCGCAACAUCAGCUUGUGGUCUGUAUACAACGAUUGAAACCGAAUACUCGAUGACAUUUUUGUGUACAAUCUGGACACAUA